CCGUCCCCUGCUAGCUUCCCCACACAGCUCUUGAUCGAUCCCGCUCGCGCUCUCUUCUCUGCAAAAAGAAAACAUCCAGUCAUCCGUCCUACGAUCCCAAUGGCCCACGUCCUCGCCGCCGCCGAGCCCCUCACCCUCCUCAAGCGCCCGCCGCCGCAGAACGACGGCUUCGGCGACGACAACGGCAGCACGGAGGAGAAGGCGCCCAAGGCGCGCCGCCGGGAGUCGGACCCGGCGGCGGCACUGGCCGCGGCGCGGCAUGAGUUCGGGGAGCACGGCGGCGUGAACAUGUCCAUCGAGGCCUCGGCCACGUUCACCGUGAUGGAGCCGGACACCAUGCGCCGGCUCUUCACGGGGGAGCUGGGCCCGGAGCGCGGCGACCUGUACAUCUACAGCCGCCACUUCAACCCGACGGUGCUGGCGCUGGGGCGGCAGAUGGCCGCGCUGGAGGGGACCGAGGCCGCCUACUGCACGGCGUCCGGCAUGUCGGCCAUCUCCUGCGUGCUGAUGCAGCUGGUGGGCGCCGGCGGGCACGUGGUGGCGUCGCGCUGCCUGUACGGCGGCACCCACGCGCUGCUGUCCCGGUUCCUGCCGCGCACCUCCGGCGUGCAGGCGACGUUCGUGGAUGCGGACGACGAGGCGGCCGUGCGCGCGGCCAUAAGGCCGGGGGAGACGCGGGUGGUGUACGUGGAGACGAUGUCGAACCCGACGCUGGCCGUGGCCGACAUCCCGAUGCUGGCGCGGGUGGCGCACGAGGCCGGGGCCAAGCUGGUGGUGGACAACACCUUCACCCCCGUCGUCGUCUCGCCCGCGCGGCUCGGCGCCGACAUCGUCGUCCACAGCGUGUCCAAGUUCAUCAGCGGCGGCGCCGACAUCAUCGCCGGUGCGAUCUGCGGGCCGGCGAGCCUGGUGAACUCCAUGAUGGACCUGCAGGACGGCGCGCUGAUGCUGCUGGGCCCGACGAUGAACGCCAAGGUGGCGUCCGAGCUGGCGGCGCGCCUCCCGCACCUGCCGCUGCGGAUGCAGGAGCACUCGCGGCGCGCCGCCGAGUUCGCGGCCCGGAUGCGGCGCCAGGGCCUGCGCGUCACCUACCCGGGCCUGCCCGACCACCCGCACCACGCCAGGCUGCGCGCCAUGGGCAACCCGGGCUACGGCGCCGGCGGCAUGCUGUGCCUCGACAUGGGCACCGAGGAGCGCGCCAACCGCCUCAUGUACCACCUGCAGAACACCACCCAGUUCGGCCUCAUGGCCGUCAGCCUCGGCUUCUACGACACCCUCAUGUCCUGCUCCGGCAACAGCACCAGCAGCGAGAUGGACCCGGAGGACCGCGCCCGCGCCGGCAUCUCCCCCGGCCUCAUCCGCAUGUCCGUCGGCUACAACGGCACCUUGGAGCAGCGCUGGGCGCAGUUCGAGCGCGCCCUCGCGCUCAUGCAGCAGCAGGACACCCCCGCCGCCGCCGGCAAGUACGGCAAGCCCGUCUGACGACCCGAGAGGCUUUGCGUGAACCACCAAGCCCUGAUGCCUCAUGGCAUGUAAUGUAUUAUAUACUCCUACCAUUACUAGCUAAGUAAGUACGGUUAAGCGCCAUCUGGACCUGAUCAGAUGGAUGGACAUGCCAGUGUGUUAAGCAGCGCGCCUGAUUAGUCUUUGAAGAGCGUACUGUAAGAUGCAUCAUGCAUGUAUUAUCGGAAUAAAUUGGCGUAAUUCCCUGUCA